AUGGAUGCCAUUUCAAAGGAUGAUGUUAAUGCACAGCAUCUAGGGAAAUCUAUGUUGCUCCCUUCAUCUCACACUGGCAAUCCCCGAUAUCGUGUUCAGAAUUAUCAAGAUGCAAUGGCGAUUUGUAGAUAUUAUGGAUAUCCAGAUAUUUUUCUAACAUUCACCUUUAUCUACACUAUCAAGUUCCAAAAGAGAGGCCUCCUACAUGCUCAUAUAUUGGUUUCUCUACAUUCCCAAUAUAAGAAUCCUUCGGCAUUCAAAAUAGAUGAAAUAGUUUCUGCUGAAGUUUCAAAUAAGGAAACUGAUGGUGUUGUAUUUGCAGCUGUCGAGAAUCACAUGAUCCACAAUCUGUGCGGUGAUGUUAACAAGAAUUCACCAUGUAUGGAGAAAGGAAGAUGUAAAAAACAUUUUCCAAAGAAAUUUGUCAAUGAAACAUCUAUGGAUGACAACAGAUACCCAAUGUAUGGAAGAUGGAAUAAUAGAGCAUUUGUUGAGAAAAAGGGUAUCAAAUUGGAUAACUGUUUUGUUAUUUCUUAUAAUAAGAAUCUUUUGGUUAAGUUUGAUGCUCACAUAAAUAUUAAGAUAGGUAAUAAACAUAGAUCAAUCAAGUAUCUAUUCAAGUAUGUCAACAAAGGGCCGAACAGAACAAAAGUUUCUAUGGAAAUUGAAAACAAUGGUCAACAGAAAAAUCAAUGCGAGAUUUUACAGGACAAAGACGAAAUAAAGGCAUAUAUGGACUACAGAUAUAUCUCUUCUAUGGAAGCUUGUUGGAGGAUAUUUAACUUUGACAUGUAUUACAGAGAACCAGCUAUUGAAAGACUGCCAUUCCAUUUAGAGAACGAACAAACAGAUACAGAAAGACAAUGGUCCCCACAACAAAAAUCAAUGUGUAUUGGCAGGGUGUAUUUUGCAUUCCCAGGUAGUGGUGAGAAAUAUUAUUUGCUAAUGCUUCUGAACUUAGUAAGAGGAGCAACAUCAUUUGAAGAUAUUCGAACUAUCAACGGAGAAAUAUCUACAUUCAAAGAUGCAUGUUAUGCAUUAGAAUUGCUCGAUGAUGAUAAAGAGUGGAAUGAUUACUUGGAUGAAGCAUCAAUGUGGGCUACCGAAAGACAGUUAAGACAACUCUUUGUAACUAUUCUUGUAUAUAAUGAAGUGGUGAGUCCAAGAGACUUAUGGAGAGCAAAUGCAGAACGCCUAUCUAAAGACAUUCCCUACAUUCUUAAACAGAAAAUGUGGAUGAUAGAAUUGAGAUGCACUGAGGAAUAG